CACACAUGCAUAAAAUAAUGAUUGUCAUAACUGCCACGAGCAAAAACAUUUGAUUUUAGUACACAUAUACACAUGUAACAUACUGAUUCAUACAAGAAAAUUACACCAUUAAGUUCCAGGAAAUUACACGGUAAAUGUUGGGAAGUUACACUUUAAAACCCCAAUUGUUACUCCCUUGUUUCUCGUUGUUUCAUUUUCUUCCGCUGCACCUACAUUUAAAUACCAGUAAGAACCGGAAAGUAUUUUAUAUGUACGGAUUCAUACGAGGAAGUUACACUGUAAGUUCUGGGAAAUUACAUGGUAAGUGAUGGGAAGUUACACCGUAAAACACGGGCUGUAUUAUAAAGAGUUACCAAAAAAUGGUCAUGUAGUUGGUGUUCAUAGCUCUAAGUUGCUAUUUGUGCCCAAAGCAUUUUGUGCAAGACUUCGCCAAUUGUUUUGUCUUCUCUUUUGCCAGGCCUCUGGCUCCACACACAGGAUGUACCGAUAAUGGCAACACUUGUUGGGCAAUCUCUUGGCAACAAAUGUUUAUUUUGAAUGUUUUGAGAGAACACACACAACCCUUAAUACUGUUAGUUAGUGCUUUUCAACCUGGGAGUUGUGGCCUACCAAGAAGUCACAAGAUAAAUUGGCAGAUAUAUUAGUUUUUUUUAAAUGUUUUGGAUGCUGGAUAGUUUCACCUCUUUUGUCCUGUAAAACUAUUCAGAGGAAUCAAUCACUCUUUGGAUGAAACGCUCACAGCUUACAUAUAGUCUACAUAUGCACUUUUGUGAUUAGGGUUCGCCAAAUAGUGUGGGAACCUCUACUGUAGAUUAUUUUAUUGGAUCAAAUAAAGAUCUGAGCUGCUUCAAAAAAUAAUGCAUGAAAUAUGCAGUGGUAAAUAACCAUUCAACAACACUGUUAGAAGGCCAAAAACUGUUUUUUUUCCAACUCUCUCAAAUUUUCUCAUAUUUUACACUCCUCAGAUAAUGAUGCAGAUACAGUUUAUUUACUGUAUGCACGCUGUCAUUUCUCGGCAGCUAAUUUUGGUUUCUCCUGCAAAACCGGUUGGAUUGCUGUUUUAACAUCCACAUUCAUUGAGGCUACAUAGCACAGACACUUUGGUCAAGCUCUUCUCUCUACAAAAGGAUCUUGUUUUAUAGUGGUGAACUUUUGGUAACUCAAGGAUACUUGGAUACAGGUCAGUGAUUAUUUACCAAGUACACAAUUUAUGACUUUGUUUUGCACACAGUCUGGUCAUGUGAUUGUUGUCGGAGUUCCUCACUGGCAACAGCGAUAAUGACAGAUAAACCUUAUUGCUCUGUGCAGAUAGAGAGACUCCAACAAUGAAAAUGUUCAGCUCUGCUAUUAUAGUCCUGAUGCUCAACACCCUCUGCGCCUUUUCACAAAUUCCGCAUGAAGUUGUCUAUUUGGUGGGCUGCUUUGAGAAUGGCACAACUGAGGAACAGUUUACAUUUGACGCUGAGGAGAUUUUAUACGUGGAUUUCAUGAGACAAGCCAUUGUAUACACUGUGCCCAAAUUUAUGAUUCUUGACCCUAGUGAAGUUUUUAAGACUCUUUAUUUAUAUAAAAAUGCUUUGAAAAACAAGAAGGCGUGUUCAGUAUUGGUGAACUUCUUGGCAGCGGAAGAGAAAAACGUACCAGAAGAAAAAGACCCUCCUGGGGUUGUCCUCUACCCCUCUGAAGAUGUUGAGCUGGGUGCUGAAAACAGUCUUGUCUGCUUUGUGAAUCAUUUCUACCCGCCUAACAUCAAUGUCAGCUGGACCAAAAAUGGCCGUCCAGUGUUGGAGGGGGUGUCACUGAGUCGAUAUUAUCCCAAUUAUGAUCAAACCUUCCACCAGUUCUCAACCCUGACAUUCACACCAGAGGAGGGAGACAUUUACAGCUGCACGGUGGAGCACUCAGCCCUGGAGAAACCUAUAACAAGGAUCUGGGAACCUGACUUCAGUCAUCCCAGUCUUGGACUAGAUGUUUACUGUGGAGCGGGCCUGACUCUGGGUUUGUUGGGGAUCGCAGCUGGAGUAUUUUUAAUUGUCAAGGGACGCUAUGGAAAUUAAUUUUCCUUUCUAAGAGAGAUAUACACAUUAAUUUGAUGAUGAUUGAUUGUACAUGCUGAACGGAGUAGUAUGGAGCAGUAUGGAGAUACCACUACAAUUACAAUUACAAUUUUUCAUUUAGCAGAAAUUUUUAUCCAAAGCGACGUACAUCUGAGAGCUGAUAAAACACAAGCAGGGAUCUAGUCAGGAGAGAACAACACGAGUAAGUACUAUAAAGCUAAGUUUGAAUCUGAUAGGACGUUGAUGCCAACAGGUGGUGCACAGAGGCAAUGAAUAGAGUGCAUAGAUUGCAUAGAAGCAGUUCUUUUUUUUCCCGUUUUUUAUUUUUUCUCUCUUCAGUCCAUCAAGUGCAGAGGUAUUCGUGAAAGAGCUGGGUCUUUAGUCUUUUCUUAAAGAUUGAGAGAGACUCUGCAGAUUGAACAGAGUUUUGUAACUCGUUCCACCACCAGGGAACUACAGAGGAGAAGAGUCUAGCUAGCGACGAAUAAAGAUUGAUCAAUCUGUAAUUUCUAUAUUCAACAGAAUUAAUUGGCUCAUUCAUGAACUGGAUGCAAACUGUAAGUGUGCUGCUAUAUCCUCAGAUGACUCAUUCUCCUCAUUUUCACUCUACAUAGACUCCUAAAUUGUAUAUAGUCAUAUACAUGACUUUACAACUUGAUGGGACUAAAAGUUCAAAGCUGUGAUGACAAAUAAAAACUAAGAUCUCAAUAAAACCUCAGGGCUCUGUGGUUUCCCUUGUACAUAUUUACAAUACAUGUUGUGACCUACUUUUAUCACUGCUCUCAUCAACCUAACCAUCAGGUAUUUAAGCCCUCAGUGUAGUCUUACAGACAAGGGGCAACCUUGUAGCUUGGGACACUCAGGCCUGGUUUGAUACUCAUGAGCAAUAUGAGGAGGGGAAGAGUCAGAACAUGAUAUAAGAAAGGUUAACUCUCACAGAAGACAAAAAAGGCAACAAAACAAAGACUUCUUUGUUUUGGGGCACUGUGGGGCUUCACACAUGCUGCAUGGGUUGUCCCUACAACACUGGAUAAAAUAAUUGCUGUCGUUUAUAAUGCAGAUUUUAGUUUUCAGCGGGAUCUGGCCAUCGUUGGCUUGAUAUCAUGUAGUGUGGAGGCUCUCAUUAGGUUAGGUCAAUGAUUCACAGCCUGAGGAACAAAACAUAAAUAAUCAAUGUUUAUGACCCCUGAGCCACUAUGAGGCCCACAAAUGAGUGAUUUCAGUCCUUUCUUGAGCACGUGAAGCCCUGUUUUUUCCAUAAUUUAAAUGAAAACACAUGAUGUUAACUGUUGAUAUACAAGAUGUUCAAUUGUCAGUUUUAUUUAUACUCCCAUGCGGAUGCGUACACAGACAGCUGCGGACACCGUGGACAGGUAGUUCUGUUUAUAUUACCUUCUGGGUUCUGCUUGGAGAACACGUUCCACACAUGCAUAGUAGAUCACUGUCUACAGAAACACAGCACUGUGACCAUACAGAAAGAUCCGUGCAGAUACAAUUGUGCAUACGUGGAUGUCCACACAGAGCCUACGCAUACACCCUCUGAUGACGAAAUUUAUGUCAUGCGGACCCUAGCGGACUCACAGACACGGAAAGUAUAAUUUCAGCCUUAGUGUUUGUGCACUGGAGGCUUCAAAUUUCCACAUCACACUUUUUUAAGUUGCAUACUGGACUACGACUGGCUUCCAAACUCUUUGUGACGUCACAAAUCAUGCUCAUAGGCCCACCUUUUAAAAUUGGAUUUUCAAUGAACACAGAGAAACUUUCCAUUUUCAGCAGAUGAAUGUGAAAACAGCCUUCUAGUGUCAAACCCUGCACAGUGGAGCUCAAACACC